UCGGUUUCACGCGGAGCACAAUCCAAUAUAUUGUUUUGUUUACGUCAAGGAAUCUCAGUGUAAGGACAAAAGCGAAGGGUGUGCGUAGGACAAGCUGUGCUUUCUAACUCCAAAGCGUGCCAGGCAGUUAUAUAUUGUUUCACGCUGUGAUGAUGGAGGACUGAGGGGGGAAUUGAACGGCAAAAGGAUGUGUGAAAGGAGGUCGGGAUGGGCCUGGCUCAUGACUUACUUUGUGUCGACGGAGAAGCAGUCGCGUGCUCUUUCUUUUUGGAGCUCCAUUCCAUGGUUUAUUGGAUGGGCGACCUUAACAGUCAUGGGCCCAGUUGUGGCUGUCAAGAUGGCUUACAAAUUGCUUUAUGGAAUUCUUGCACGUGCAUUCUUCAGUGACAAAGCCCUCUGUGGAAAGGUGGUAUUGGUAACUGGGGCAAGUUCUGGUCUAGGUGAGGCACUUGCCCAUGAACUUUAUAAGAGAGGUGCCAGACUCAUUUUGGCUUCUCGAAACACAGAGAAAUUGGAUGAACUGAAGGACACCCUCUUGGCAACACACAAGCCUCCAGAGCUCCAUGUCCCCACAGUGGUCAAGCUGGACCUGGAGGACCUCAACAGCAUCCCCACCAUCACCGAGGACCUACUUAAGACCCAUGGCCAGAUUGAUAUCCUAAUUAACAAUGCGGGCAUGUCCUACAGGGGGGCGGUGGCGGACACGGAGGUUAGCGUCGACAUUAAACUGAUGGUGGUGAACUAUUUUGGACAAGUGGCUCUAACCAAAGCUAUCCUUCCUAGCAUGUUGGCCAGGAAGGCUGGGCACAUCUUGGCCAUCAGCAGCGUCCAGGGUAAAUUGGCCAUCCCUUACAGAUCAUGUUACACAGCCUCCAAACAUGCAGUACAAGGCUUCUUUGACUCUCUUCGGGCUGAGGUGGCUGACAGAAAUGUCCGAGUGUCAGUUAUCAGCCCAGGAUACAUAUCCACUAACCUGUCUGUAAAUGCAGUGACUGGGGAUGGCUCUUCCUAUGGAGCCAUGGAUGCCACCACAGCAUCUGGCAUGAGCCCAGAGUAUGUGGCAGAGCAGAUUGUUGGGUGCAUCAUCAGUGGUUACGAAGAGCUUCUCCUGGCCCCCUUCUCACACCGGCUCGCUAUCAUGCUGCGGACCUUCACCCCCUCAAUCAUUGCGAACAUCAUGAAGAGAAGAGCUGCUAAGGAGAAGGAUUUAUAUUUGUACAAAGAAGACUAGUGUUUAUGCAUUUUUUUUUUCUAUUGAUUAUAUUCCCCCCUUUUGUUUAUUUAUUUAUUUAUUUAUUUUUUACUUAACCCUACAAUGAUGGUACCAGAAAUCUCUGGGUGUCACUCAUUCCAGUGACUUCUGGCAACCAUCCAGCCACUUGGAGUCCACCACAUAUAGUGGAACUUCCCGCUUGACUCACUCUAGCGUGUCAUGAUGUCUAUAGCCAUAUCUAUCAUGGCGACUUGUUUUUUCAUGGCAGCUAUAGGCGUGCCCGGCUGUAAGAGGUUAAGGAGUAUGACUUUUAAGUAUUUUUAUUACUUGCUCUUUUUUAACCAAAGCCCUCAAUGUGGCAUGCGGCGCGCCAAAGGGCUACGAGCCGGUGAUUCGGCUUGAUGUACCAAACUCCCGCGCUCAAAGUCGGCGCGUUGCCAUUGAUUGGCAGAGUGUAGAUUUUUUUUUUUUAAAGUUUUCUUUACCCGUCACCAAAGGGUUAAUAACAGAAGGAAUCAUUAAAGUUAUUUUGGAGUUUUUGCAUGAUAAAACAGUUGUAUAUCAUUUUAUAAUAUAAAAAAGUGGAAUUAUGUAGGAGAAAGUCUGAUGGAAUUCAGGGUGCCUAAUCAUGUUUAUACAAAAAAACCUUCAUCUUUUUCAGUAGUGAGAUGUUAGUGUCAUUUCUAAAGGGCACUUUCGAUGCUUGGAUAGUGCAGAAUGUUAUACAACAUAUGAUUUCUGUGAAUGAGCACAAGCUUUCUUAGAAAGUGAAUGUAAAAGGUUAUGAUUAUCAAGAUUUGUUUUGUGAUAGUUUCUAAGGGAAUGAAAUCAAGUUUUUGCUCUUUACCUUUUUUUUUUAGUUUUAGUUUUUACUUGCUCAUGUUUCUUUAUGCAGUAUCCAAAGAACUAGUCCUCUACAAAAAUCCAGCAGUGUCUUCUAUAGAACAUAUAUAUUUUCUUCGUCUUUUCUCUAGGUGUAAGGUAGCAUCAGUGGUGCUAAUUGAAUUAACAUAUAAGGAGACAGUGUUGUUUACACCAGUGGCAAGAAAGCAACAGUACUUCAAAGGUCUGGAAAAGAUAUGUAUUAUCUGAUCGUGUGCAGAGAAGUUACAUGUUGGUUAAUUGAGGGUAUGGUUUGUGAAGCUGUUACCUAGUCACGGCGAGUGAAAAUUGUAUGGAAUAUUAUAUUUGAUAUGCAUUAAUACAGAAUGCAUUAUAAUGAAUAUUGAUUAUUCAUGAUUUUUUAAAUUAUUUUAUCAUUGCUUUUUUCCCCCUUUUCCACAGAACUGAAAAAUUGCUUUGGUAAAAUAUAAAUUGUUCUCAUGUAUAGACUAUACAUAUAAAAUUAUAUUAUUUUUCAAAGGCUUCUUUUAAUAUAACUAUUAACAGUAUCCAGUUUAUAUUGGAUAAGAAAGGUUGGAUUGGUUGUAUAAUGAGUCAUUGUAUGCUUUCAGCGGCUUUAUUGAAUAAUGCAAGAAUGAAAGUGUUUCACAAGA